AAGGCGCGCGGCCGGGCCCAGCUACCCCGUCAGUUUGAUUUUCUCCCAGCGACCAAAGAUUUGACCACUGACUAAGCCUGACUUAACUGAACAUAGCUCAAGAUGGACACUGGUGUUAUCGAAGGAGGUUUAAAUGUCACACUUACCAUCCGCCUACUUAUGCAUGGGAAGGAGGUGGGAAGCAUCAUUGGAAAGAAAGGAGAAUCUGUAAAGAAGAUGCGUGAAGAGAGUGGUGCUCGCAUUAAUAUCUCAGAAGGGAACUGCCCAGAACGGAUUAUCACUCUUGCUGGACCCACUAAUGCCAUCUUCAAAGCAUUUGCUAUGAUCAUUGACAAACUGGAAGAGGAUAUUAGCAGCUCAAUGACCAACAGCACAGCUUCUAGCAGACCCCCUGUUACUCUGAGACUUGUGGUGCCCGCCAGCCAGUGUGGCUCUCUCAUUGGAAAAGGAGGCUGCAAGAUCAAGGAGAUAAGAGAGAGCACAGGGGCACAGGUCCAGGUGGCAGGAGACAUGUUGCCCAACUCUACUGAAAGAGCGAUCACCAUUGCUGGGAUUCCACAGUCCAUCAUUGAGUGCGUUAAACAGAUCUGUGUGGUCAUGCUCGAGUCUCCCCCAAAGGGUGUCACCAUCCCCUACCGACCCAAGCCAUCCAGUUCUCCUGUCAUCUUUGCGGGCGGUCAGGACAGGUACAGCAGCGGCAGUGCAAGCUACCCCCACACCGCCCCAUCAAUGUGCCUCAACUCUGACCUGGAGGGACCACCUCAAGAGGCCUAUACCAUUCAAGGACAGUAUGCCAUUCCACAGCCAGAUCUGACCAAGCUGCACCAGUUGGCAAUGCAACAGUCACACUUUCCAAUGUCUCAUGGCAACACUGGAUUCAGUGGCGUUGAAUCCAGCUCUCCAGAUGAGAAAGGCUAUUGGGCAGGUUUGGAUGCAUCGGCUCAGACUACUUCUCAUGAACUCACCAUUCCAAAUGAUCUGAUUGGCUGUAUCAUUGGGCGUCAAGGCGCCAAGAUCAAUGAGAUUCGCCAGAUGUCCGGGGCGCAGAUCAAAAUUGCCAAUCCAGUGGAAGGAUCUACUGACAGGCAGGUUACCAUAACUGGAUCUGCAGCCAGCAUUAGCCUGGCUCAGUAUCUAAUUAAUGUCAGUUUAGAAAGCGCUAAACCCUCCUCCCAGGCAGCCUCCGUCACGAUCCCCGACCACCUCAGCAUCAACCUCUCUCAACCCUCCACCCCUUCUUCUUCUUCCUCCUCCACCACCACCCCCUCGCUUGCGACAGCAGGGGUCUCCGACGCACCCUCCAGCCUCCCCAACCCUCUUCCGACCGCCCCCUGUGUCUCCAGUCUGCUUGGCAUGAAACCCGUCCCUCUCCUGGCUCUAAAUGUUGUGUCUGCUGCUAAGGGUGCCUCCACCACUUCAGCUGUGCCAUGUGUUACUAACAAACUGAAAACGGAAAAACAGAGAUUCUCUCCUUACUGAACGUCUGCUUGUGGCCUUAGAGGAACAGCAGAUAGUUUUUCAGCCAUGGGGAGUCCUGUAGAGGAGACUUGGAAGAGAUUUUUUUUAAAACUUCAAAACAAAUGUGAGCUUGUGAUUCCUUUAGGAUGGAGUUUCUUUUUGCUGGCAACCUCCACUAGGUCAAAGACAAUUGAGCAAGUGUAUUAAUACGUUUUGAAGUCCAGUAGUGAUCUUCUGAUGUAGCUUGUAGCUGUUGAUUUCGUAGUUUUGUUUGCAUUGUUACAUGGAAUAAGAUGGGUGGGGAGGGGGUGGGUAGGCGGGUGGACGGGCGGGAAGGGAAUGCUAGGGUCUGUUAACAAAAAACUAAUUUGCAAUUCCUGGGUUUUAACCUGUGCAAAGAGGCUACUUUGGCCAAAUCUGUCUCAAUGUCUGUCUCUGUAAUAAAGCUGUCAACUUUGAGAGAGUAUGCACAGAUGUGCCUGAAUUUGGACUGAACUAUGUGACCUUAGCUGUUUGAAUAUUCACAUUGCAUCCCCAGGCUAAAGUGUUUGAAUAGAUUCUGGCCAUUGUUCUAUAACAGCUUUCUCUGACCUGUGGCCCUCUGGAUGUUUUGUACAGCUACUCCCUCGCCAUUCAUUGGCUGUGCCGGCUAGUAGUGGUGGAUGGAGCAGUCUUAAAAACAUCUGCAUGGCACCAGAUUGGGAAGGAAGCCCUAAAACUGAAUCCACAUAUUAAUACACCUCAUUUAAAAUGUAUGCCUUUUCCUCUGUAUUCAUCCUUCCCUUUGUACAGACUGUGGCAGACCUUUCAAAGGGUCAAAUGCUUUAGACACCUGAUUUGCUCCUUACCCAGGACUGCAUGAGCUACUAUAACAAGCCAAGACCACCUGAAAGCAAUGCAUACAGUACAAUGAAUACCCAUAACACUGCUGCACAUGGUAGUUUCCUGUAUAGUACAUUUUAAAUGGCAGCGUAACAUGUGAAGCUGAGCUGGCUGAUGUUUAGGCCUUGGAGCAGGUAGCUCAGAAAUUAGAGAUGUAGUAACUGACAGCAAUAUAUGUUUUUGACAAAUGGGCAUAACAUCUUAACAGGUAAUUCUUGGGGCUGUAACUGGUAUAGCAAAGUUGGGAGGAGGGAGAUGUAGAGGCCAGCAAACAGAUUUCAAUUAUCCCAGUCUUUUUGCUUGUUCCUGGGAGCCCGCCUUUUCCCUCCAUUGAGGAUUCAUUGAUAGUAAAGUAGAAUGAACCCUUGGCAAGAAAGAGUGACAUGCUCUUGUGUUUAGCAUGAUGGCAGUUUGUUCUUUCUUUUGCUGUCUGCACUUUUUGCUGUAUACACCUGAUGUUUAGCCUGGGGUUGCCACACAAACACUGAAGAUGCUUGCUUUUUUUAGCAGCUUCUGGUGUUUCUAACCCUUCAGAAAUUGAGGCAACGUUGGGUAUGAAUGGUGACAGAAUUGCUAGCAAUCUUAUGUUUAUCCUUUGUAUUUAAAAAAAAACCUAUUGGAACAAGUUAAAAGUGCUAUCUGACUGAUCUGGGACAGUUUCACACUUCGCAUUCAGGGUGAGGGAAGGUCCUGAUUCUGUCGUGGGGAUGGGGCAGCCAUCAAUUAGUUGAUUAUGCAGUUUUGUCAAGCCCUUUUUCCUUGAUAGCAGGAAUCUUUUUAAGUGCUUGUUUCUGCAGUUUGACUUUCACAAUUGUAACUUUUUUUAAAAAAAACUGUUCUGUUCUGUAGUGUAAACACAUUAAGUAAAAAUUGUCCACUCUUAACCAA